AUGGCCGCUCCGUCUACUGCCGCACUCAGCGCCUAUCGUCAGAUCCUCCGCGCCACCCGUAUUGCCUUCCGCGAUGAUUUCCGAGUCAUGAUUGCUUCCCGUCAAGAAGCCCGUCGCAACUUCGACCAGAACCGCCGUGUUGCCGUUGACACCGGUAUGCAGAUCAACCACGCCAUCGAGGUUGCCAAUAUCCUACGCCAUAAUCUGGUACAAGGUGCCCGGGAGGAGGGCGAUGAGGCAGCGAAGUGGGAACUGCGGAUUCACGAUGAGAUUGAGCGCGGUGACAAUGACUCUAUCAAGGUUGCCGGCAAGGAUGUCAAGAUUCACAAGGCUUGCUCUUCCUAG